AUGGAGACAUAUGGAUGUCAAAUGAAUUUCAGCGAUUCGGAAGUAGCUCAUUCUAUUCUAAAAAGUGCAGGAUUCAAAAAAGUCAAUGAUCUGGUCGAGGCGGAUACUGCGCUCCUCCUUACUUGUGCUAUUCGCGAAGGUGCCGAAGCAAAGAUAUGGCGCCGUAUGAGUUACUUGCGUUCUGUUCCAAGAAGCAAACAUCGUUCACCUCUGCGCAUAGGGAUUCUCGGUUGUAUGGCUGAACGUCUGAAAGAAAGCCUACUUGAAGGACAGGAAGUUGCUGCAGAUUUUGUGUGUGGUCCAGAUGCCUAUCGUGAUCUCCCAAAGUUAAUUAAGGACAUUCAAGCGAACGGAGUGAAAGGGGCAUCUCUUUCUCUUUCUUUGGAAGAGACCUAUGCUGAUGUUAAGCCCGUUCGUCGAUUCGGUCCAUCGGCCUUCAUCUCAGUAAUGCGAGGCUGUGAUAAUAUGUGCUCCUAUUGUAUCGUUCCCUUCGUUCGUGGAAGAGAGCGUAGUCGGCCAUUAAAAUCGAUCGUCGAAGAAGUGUAUCAACUCUCCUCUGAGGGUGUUAAAGAAGUCAUUCUUUUGGGCCAGAAUGUAAAUAGUUAUCGUGAUCUCUCGGAUGGCCCUGAUUCCGUUGACUGUAGUGUCGAUAGCCUUGCUCCUGGCUUCAAAACUGUGUACAAGCAAAAAGUCGGCGGGCAUCGGUUUAUCAAUCUGUUGGAUGCAAUAAGCUCUAUUGCUCCUAAUAUGCGCAUACGAUUUACCUCUCCUCAUCCCAAAGAUUUUAAUUUAGAUGUUCUCCAACUAAUUGCUGAACGCCCAAACGUUUGUUCACAGGUUCAUUUACCGGCACAAUCAGGCAGUUCCUCUGUCUUAGAGCGCAUGCAACGUGGAUACACUAGGGAAGCUUAUUUGGAACUAGUCGAUCGUACAAAAUCGAUCAUUCCGAACGUCGCAAUCUCAUCGGAUUUUAUCGCUGGUUUCUGUGGCGAAACAGAGGAUGAUCACAAGCAAACACUUACUCUUAUAGAUCACGUUUCUUAUGCAUACGGUUUUUGCUUUCCCUUUAGUCUCAGAAGCAAAACUCGCGCGUUUCACCGAUUGGAGGAUGACGUGCCGGCGGAGGUAAAAGCAUACAGACAUAAUGAGUUGAAAAGAGCUCUCCGUUCGUCGGCCCUCCGGUUCAAUAAAGCUCUCAUUGGUUCCAUAGAACUUGUACUUGUUGAAUCGGUAACAAUUGGUUUGCUCCCUCCCUUCCUCUGCAUUCUUGUGAUCGCUGGUUUUAUUAGUAAAAGAUCGACCGCUGAAUUAGCUGGACGUGUGGAUGGGGGAAUUAAGGCAAUUUUUCCAAAAUAUCUUCCAGAUUCUUCUGAAAUUUGCAUAGGUGACUACGUCGUCUUAAAGAUCGACUCCUGCACUUCUCAAACUCUCAGAGGCACCCCACUCAGAAAAACAAAUAUAGUUGAUUUUCACAAAAACCAUUCUACUGGGCGCCAUGAAGCUCAAGCAUCUUAG